AUGGCUGCUGAGGCUGAGAGGAUAGAAAGGGUUUUGAUCCUGGCAGUUGUGGUUUCUAAAGAUUAUAUUUUGACGAAACUCACUGCAAUGAAGGGAUGUGGAUGCAAGUGCCAAAAGAUGUAUGUCACUCACAUAGAUCUUGUUGUCCUGCUUGAACUGCUCAAAACUUUCGACACAAAUUUUGUAAUCGAUGGCGAGGGUGUCGGAAUUGGUCUCGAUAGUUGUGUUGUGCCACUUCGUCAUCAGGGCUUGAAUCUCGUACAUACGACGGACUUCUUCUACCCGCUUGUUGAUGAACUUUAUUUAAUGGGUCGUGUCACAUGCGCAAACGUCCUAAGUGAUCUGUACGCUAUGGCUGUUGUGAAUUGUGUCAAUAUGUUGAUGCUUCUUGGAGUAGCUGUCGAUUUGGACGAACAGGAGCGUAAUGUCAUUGUCAGGAUGUCUAUGGAGAGGUUCGAAAAGAAAAAUGGGCGCGUAGAGGAAUAUGACCUUGAUGAAAAGAAGAUUAAUCGGGCUUAUCAGGAGGUUGUUGAGCAGAUGACUCGUUUGAACAGGAAUGCUGCAAAAAUGCUACACAAAUACAAUGCCCAUGCUUCUACUGAUGUGAGUGGUUUUGGAAUUCUUGCCUGGAAAGUGUUUGCGGAGAUCCCUUUGUUGCUCUAUAUGCUCACGAGCUUUCUGAGGUACCCAGUCCUCCAGAAUCUCAUGUACGAAAAAGUCUGCCUUGCAUAUCAUGAUCAGGACUUGUCUUUUUGUUUGAAUGUAUCAGCCUUUCACUCUAAAGUCAUACAAGCUGGAGCGAAUCACUUUUAUUUUAAUCAUCCAUCGUACUGCUUCCGUCACUCCUUUCAACUCUAG